AUGGCUCCCUGCUCCUCAGCGCUCUCUCUGCACUCCUCCAAAGACAGACACAAACUCAGGAAACCUCUGGUGGAGAAGAUGCGCAGAGAUCGCAUCAACAGCUGCAUCGAGCAGCUCAAGGUGCUGCUGGAGAACGAGUUCCACAAACAGGAUCCCAACGCCAAGCUGGAGAAGGCCGACGUGCUGGAGAUGACCGUGGCCUUCCUGAAGCAGCAGCUGCAGCCUCCGAGCCCCCAGCGCCACGGCUACUCCCGCUGCUGGAAGGAGACGCUCAACUUCCUGUCCAGAGACUCCCUGAAGGUGGCCACGCCGCCUCAGCUCCGCCUCCUCCGGGAUGCCGGCCCCACGCCGGCCCUCUCCUCCUCACAUGGAAAUAUCCAGGCUGCAGAGAAGCAGCUGAUUGGCUCCCACGGAGCCAUGUGGAGGCCCUGGUAGAAGCUGAGGAUGAUCCUGAGGAUGUUUGAGUGUCUCCUGUGGAGGAAACGUUAUAAACUGUUGAAUCGGUCCUGCAUGGUGCAGUGGAGAGUUUCAUCUUCUAUGAGGAGAA